AUGAGCGCUACCAGCCUGGACCUGGCGGAGGCGCCCGAGGAGCGGCGAUUCCUCAGCACAGAGGAGGCGACUGCCCUGGAGCGGGAGCUGCUGGAGGACUAUCGUUUUGGGCGGCAGCAGCUGGCAGAGUUGUGUGGCCAUGCCAGUGCCGUGGCUGUGACCAAGGUCUUCCCUUUGGCAGCUCUCUCCCGGAAGCAGCGGACGGUGCUGGUUGUAUGCGGCCCAGAACAGAAUGGGGCGGUGGGGCUGGUCUGCGCCCGCCACCUGCGAGUGUUUGAGUAUGAGCCUACCAUCUUCUACCCCGUGCGCUCGCUGGACCCCCUGCACCGGGACCUGACCACUCAGUGCGAGAAGAUGGACAUUCCCUUCCUGUCCUACCUGCCCGCUGAGGUCCGGCUCAUCAAUGAUGCAUACCGGCUGGUGGUGGAUGCCGUGCUGGGCCCUGGCGCAGGGCCAGGAGAAGUCGGGGGUCCCUGCUCUCGAGCGCUGGCCACACUGAAGCUGCUGUCCAUCCCCCUCGUGAGCUUGGACAUCCCUUCAGGCUGGGAUGCGGAGACCGGCAGCGACGCUGAGGACAGGCUGCAGCCCGACGUGCUGGUGUCGCUUGUGGCGCCCAAGCGCUGCGCCGGGCGCUUUGCCGGCCGCCACCACUUUGUGGCGGGCAGGUUCGUGCCCGACGACGUGCGCCGCAAGUUCGCUCUGCGCCUGCCUGGGUACACGGGCACCGACUGCGUCGUGGCCCUGUGA